CCGGUUUUCCUGGAGCAACGGGGAUUCGAUUCCCGCGAUGUCGCAACGAGGAUCCGGAUCCCGGUGUGACGCCCUGGACCCGGUUCCAUCUUCACCGUCCCAGCCACUCGGCCGCGCUCUCCGCCCGCCCGCAAGGAUGCCCGUGGACUGGAUCGGUUACGGCUACGCCGCCCUCGUCGCCUCGGGAGGCGUCAUCGGCUACGUCAAAGCAGGCAGCGUCCCCUCCCUGGCGGCCGGCCUGCUCUUCGGGGGCCUGGCCGGGUUCGGGGCCUACCAGACCUCCAACGACCCCAAGAACGUGUGGGCCGCACUCGCGGCCUCCGGGUUGCUGACGGGGGUGAUGGGAAUGAGAUUCUACAACUCGGGGAAGCUCAUCCCGGCAGGGAUCAUAGCCGGCGCGAGCUUGAUGAUGGUCGGCCGGCUUGGAAUGAAGAUGCUCGCCAAGCCUCACGAGCCGUGACGCGGAGAGAGAGGGGGGGGCGGCGAGGUUACCGAGAGGACGAGGAGGCGGGAAGAGGGCCCCCGGCAGCAAACCCCCCUCUGUAAAUCCACUCGGACUGUGGGGCGAUGACCUUGCGAUUUGACGGUGGUUGCCACUUCUGGCACAAUUCCCCCUGACCUGCAGCUCCGGCUGCCUUAAAAUCGAGCGAUUUAAACGCUUCACGUGACACCGUUUCGCUCGAUCGGCGAUUGCGACCCCGCAAACCGUGACCCGCUCGCUCACUCGCUCGCUACGACAGUUGUCGCCAUUUAUCAAAACCAAAGGAACGUCCCCCCCACCGCGUUGUGUUGCUCGUUAUGUUGCUGCUGGGUGCCCGCGUGCCACCGUCACCGCCGUUUGUGUGUUUGUGCGAGAUCUCAGCCGUGUACCGCACGCAGAUUUACAAAUAAAAAAAUAAAUCACA